AUGCAUGCAAAUAAACGUUCAGAAUGUCGAAUAUGGAGAGCAGCCAAAGACAUGGAAUAUAGCGAAUAUGUUAUGGACAAAUUUCUCGUUUCGUCAUUAAUUAAUUCAUCAACCUCGACAUUUUUAAUAAAUAGAAUUUUGGUGGUUAUUUUAUUUUCAAUUUCUGUUUAUUUAUUUUCCUUUAAAUAA